AUGUCAGCAUCAUUAGAGCGAACCGACACACCAAGGCCUUUGGGAGAUGAAUUCCAACCUUGCUUUGCCCUUCAGCUCCGUGAAAAACUCUCUCACAACAUCAAAACGACAACGGAAGUCGGCUACAAACGCGAAAACCCCCUUGAAGUCUUCGAAGGCACGUACGAUUUUUCACUCAACUUGGAAAAUGAUUUCCCGCCCUACGACCGCCGAAAUCUACAUGUCAGAGUCAUGCGCAAAGCCCCUCAAUCUCCUGGCCUAAUACCUCUUUACCACGAAGAUCUUCCUCAUACCCUGGCAUUGAUUUUCCAAUCUGAUGAUACCUCUGAGAAAGAGGAGACAAAACAAUGUCACGCGAUAAACGACUCGACUUUGUUUCUUGGGGAGCACACCUUACGAUUGGGAAAAAUUAAAGUCAUGAUCGUUGGAGUUAUUCACUUGGAUUUCAUGGAUCAAAUGGAUCUCGACGAUGACGAUCCAUGUUUGACGCAGACUAUUGACGUGAAUCUGGCGUUUUGGAUACGCAUCGUACGACCACAAGUCUAA